CAUUAAUCAGGAGAUAUAAAUGGAAGGAACGAUCUUGUCAUUUGCACUUUCCCUGCAAGGAAUAAAGGUUUAUAUUUAAUUCUAUCCGGUGGCGAAACGUGUUGUUGUGACCUGCAAAGCUAUCUAACUCCACUAACCACGAAGAAUAACCAUAACAGCUCCCAUCCAACACAGAGUUACCUUUGCCGCUUCUUCUCACCCACCCGCUCUUCUUGCCCAGAUAAUUGUCACCCCACAUAACUCCAGAUGAGCGUUCCCCGCCUCCCAGCAGAGUCCAGCGACGCACAUCUAGAUCGCCCAACAUGGACCAACCCCGGCGACUGGGGCGCCCGCCACAUCAGCGACAUCGCGCCAUUCACACUCUGGGACCCCGUCUCACGUCAGUACCGCAUGCCCAAAAAUCCCGAAUACGAAUGGUGCAAGGAGAAAUUCGGCGGCGGCACAUUAAUGCAACCCGGCUGGUUCACCGCGAUCUCCUCCUCCUCUCCUCCCAAUCCCGCCCCCCUCACCCUGGGAGGCAUGCCGCUUAUCUUUCACCCCCCCGGCGAGGACCCGUGGCGGUAUCUCAUGCCCAGACUCUACUACGCUAAUCCGCGCGUGCCUAAUCCGUGUCCGGAGGUGAAGUGGGGGGAAAUGACGUUCCCGACCAAGGAGCAGAAUGCUGCGAUACUGAGGGCGCUGGAACCGCUGGCUGCGGUGCAGAAGGUGGUGUAUAUGCCCUACUGGAGUGUGGCGGAGCUUAAGGUCAGGGAUGGGAGGGAGUAUAAGCCUGGCUCCCUGCCUGGGGUUGUGGGGGGGAGGACGAUGCUGUAUCACCACGCCGAGGAGUCGUUUUGCGCGUCGAUGCCCAGGAUUAUGGAGUGUCCGCGGCUGCGGGGCGCGAGGUCAGGGAGUUGGUUCGAGGUCGGAGGAGAAGGGGGCGUGGCGCUUCUAGUGUUCGGGGAGGUGUAUGCUAAACCGCGGCCGCCGAUGGGUGGUGGUGGCGAGGCGGUUGGGUUUGAGGAGUGGGAGGUUAGGUCGCUGUGUGCGGUUUUUGGGGACGUGAGAGAUGAUAUGAGGGGGAGAGCGAUUGUGAGGUGUGAGACGGGGGAGGUGGUGGGGGGGUUCGAUUUGGUGGAUGGGGUGGUGGAGUGUGUUGCUGGGGGGUGGGAUGGGGAAGAUGGGGAGGGGUGGGUGGUUGUGAAGGUUGGUGGAUUUGGAUUUCUAUUUGUUCUACCCAUUCGUUGAUCGUUUUGGGAUUAGAAGUUAUCCAGUUGGCAAAAGAUCCCGAGGGAUUGCCCAUAACAGCUAAGUUUACAGCAAAUAUAAUUCAGAUAAAGGGGCUAAUCAAACAGGUCUACAAUCAAUAAGCCGGUUACUCAGAACCGAGACGAGAGAGACAAGUUAUAUUGGGAGAGCACCAAAGUGCUUACUCUAGUCGAUAUUUAGGCGUCUGUUAUAGAUUGUGAGGCCCUGUAAACUGCCCAGCACGUAGAAAGCACGUAGAAUGAAGCCGCUGAGGUGGUAUCGAUGAAGGUGACGAAGCAGAUGUGCUUGUCCGGAAUGUAUCAGAUGUGGUGUGUAAAUCCACCCCUAAUAACGGUGCAAAUAUCGUCGGUGGUCAUCUUAGAGCGCAUUAAUACAGUCGGCUCCGUUCAUAACAUAGGCAUAACUAGGGACAAAUCCCAAGAUACUGCGCUGCAAUCUGGUG